CUACCUGCGAAGUGUCGUUUUUUUCCGAGUAAAAAUGCUUCAGGUACGCUCAAAAUACUGUGAAAAUUAGAGAAGCUGUCCCGAAUUACCCCAAGUUACUCUAGUCUGUAUUUGUUUUUUUCUCAAAUGACUAAGUGAUAUACAUUAACAGUACAUAGUCUACAUAUACAAUAUAAUUAAUUAACGUUGACUUGAAAACGGUAAAAGUCUCUAUAGGAUUUCUGGCGUACGGAAUCAGAAUAAAAACAACCGGCACUCUAGACGACUUAUGGUCGUAAGGUAACAUCUUUCCCGAUUGAGAAAAUUUCUUAAUCGAAGAUAUUUCUUCGUCGGGAAAGUGGAAAUGGACUGUCCAUGUGUUUAUUAUUUAGGAGAUAGUGCUGCAUCAUUUGCAACACCAGCAAAUCAAGAUUCCAAGUUUGAAGUGAAGAGUGAUAUUGAUAAUCGAUGUGAAGAUCCGUUUAAUGUAACAAACCCUCCUGGAAAAUCAACAAUUGAAGCGCCAAAUGCUGUGUGUACGAAAACGGUUGGUACAUCCAAAGCAGGUGCUCCAUUGAUCUCUAGAUUCAUGGAUAGUUCAUGUCCAUCAAAGACCAGAGAUGUGAGUACAGAUAUAAUGGAUCAUGCAAAUAUAUAUUGUUGCAAAGCCUAUCUUUGUAAUGAUGGUAUGACCCUACGAUCAGAUGUUGGUUCCAGUUUAGCGUGUGUUUUACCAUCGUAUAUACUAUAUAUGACGAUAAGUGCAAUUAUUUAA